UUUCAAAGUGUGAGUUCUCAAACACCACUUACUAACUAGCUGCAAUUUUUUUUUCUUUGUAAUAGAUAUUAUAAUAUUAAAAUGGGUGGAGUUGGAGGACAUAAAUACAUGGGCUGGUGGGGACAUAUGGGUGGUCCUAAACAAAAAGGUAUCGUAACUUAUGUUUUGUCACCUUUUGAACAAAAGCCUUUUGCAGGCGCUGCUCGUAACGCUGUAUUCAACACAGCUCGUCGUGUUACUUCUCAAAUCCCUUAUGUUGGUGUUGCAUUUGGUAUUGGCUAUUAUAUUUAUACUUCAGCUAAAUCUAGACAUGCUUAUCUUUCUUCUAAAGCUGGCCAUGCUGCUGAAGAAGGUGGACACUAAUUUAUUUAUAACAACAUAAAAGAAGUAUCUAAUAUAUACAAUUUGUUUCAAUAAAUAUAUAGCAGUUUUUUUAAUUUAAA